UCGACCACCUCGAAAUUCCACUCUUUUUUUCUUAAUUCUUCCACUCCCCAACUCCCCCGAUCUCCGAACAAUAUCUCCAGCUCCGCGAAUACCCUCACGAGGCACUCACGACCGUCACGAUGCUUUCCCGAGGAUCCGCCCGCACUGCGCAGAUUCUGCGCACCGCGCAGCCCGCGCGCGCCUACGCCACGGUCGGCUCCGACAUCUUCAAGCCCACCAAGUUUGGCGGCAAGUACACGGUUACCCUGAUCCCCGGUGACGGUAUCGGUGCCGAGGUCGCCGAGAGCGUCAAGACCAUCUUCAAGGCCGACAACGUCCCCAUCGAGUGGGAGCAGGUCGAUGUCUCGGGUCUCAGCACCACCACCCCCCAGAAGACCGAGGACCUCUUCCGCGAGUCCGUCGCCUCCCUCCGCCGCAACAAGCUCGGCCUCAAGGGUAUCCUGCACACCCCCAUCGAGCGCUCCGGCCACCAGUCCUUCAACGUUGCCAUGCGCCAGGAGCUCGACAUCUACGCCUCCAUCUCCCUCAUCAAGAACAUCCCCGGCUACCAGACCCGCCACGAGGGCGUCGACCUCGCCAUCAUCCGUGAGAACACCGAGGGCGAGUACUCGGGCCUCGAGCACCAGUCCGUCCCCGGCGUCGUCGAGUCCCUCAAGAUCAUCACCCGCGCCAAGUCGGAGCGCAUCGCAAAGUUCGCCUUCAACUUCGCCCUCGCCAACAACCGCAAGAAGGUCACCUGCAUCCACAAGGCCAACAUCAUGAAGCUGGCCGACGGUCUCUUCCGCUCCACCUUCCACCGCGUCGCCAACGACUACCCCACUCUCGAGGUCAACGACAUGAUUGUCGACAACGCCUCCAUGCAGGCCGUCAGCAAGCCCCAGCAGUUCGACGUCAUGGUCAUGCCUAACCUUUACGGAGGUAUCCUGUCCAACAUUGGCGCCGCCCUCGUCGGCGGUGCCGGCAUCGUCCCCGGCUGCAACAUGGGCCGCGACGUCGCCGUCUUCGAGCCCGGCUGCCGUCACGUCGGUCUCGACAUCAAGGGCAAGGACCAGGCCAACCCCACCGCUCUGAUCCUGUCCGGCUCCAUGCUCCUCCGCCACCUCGGCCUUGACGACCACGCCAACCGCAUCUCCCAGGCCAUCUACGGCGUCAUUGCCGACGGCAAGGUCCGCACCCGUGACAUGGGCGGUGAUGCCACCACCCACCAGUUCACCAAGGCCAUCCUCGACAAGAUGGACACCUUGUAAAUUGCCAGCUACAAUACCACACACGCACACAAACACAAACACACACACAUCCACGCCUUACCCUCUGUAGCUAUUUAAGAAACACCUACUUCGGCGCCCCGAAGCCCCGUUCCUCACGAGAACCUCCGCCGUCCCUUCUUGCCUCGCCAUCAGACUCGAUUUUCUUUUUCAUGCCGAAUGACGCGGAGACUGGGCGACGGAGAUAGAUACCACCCGACGUCGGUCGAAUUGCAUAAACCAGCGGAGGACUAGAUUUCUGUUUUGGACACUGGGAGGAGGCUCGGUCUUGCUGGGAGAUUGUAGUUGUACCAGUUGUACGUAGCAUAGGAGUCGCGCAGAGCAUAUGAUUUCCUUUUUCGUCGUUUUGACAUGGCCG